CAAAUGUGUCUUAUUGUAUUUGCUGGAAUACUGAUGGAUAAGGUGGGGCUGAGAGUUUUAAAACUGCUGGCAGUUGUAGUAUACUUUGCUGGUACCGUAAUGUUUGCAUUUACAACUGGUGAAACAGUGCCACUAUUCUACGCUGCCGGUAUACUUGUCGCCUUGAGUAGUAUAUGCAGCUUGAUAUGCAAUCAUCAAGUCAGUUCCAUGUUCCCACAGUUUCGUGGUCUUUGUAUAUCGCUUUUGUCUGGAGCGUACGACUCAAGUUCGGUUGUAGCUUAUGUGUUAUCGUUGACCUACCUUGUAUUCCCAUUCAGAUGGUCGUUUAUUAUUUUGGCUUGUGGCUCAAUAGUUGUUGGCAGUUUUGUGGCACUCUUUAUCCUUACUCAGAAAUCUGAAGAUAUGGGGAAAUUCUCCUCUCUCAACACAGAAGAAGAAAAGUUAUGUGAGAAAACGUCAGUUGAAAGUUCAGGAGAAAUGGAUAUCUAUGGAGAAAUAUCUUCAAUUCUGGAUAAACGUUACCCAACUUUAUUAAGUUGUAUUUUCUCCUUGCCAUACUUAUUGAUUAAUCUUUGGUUUACUUUGGGUUUGUUUCGUUUCUCAUUUUACCUAUCGCACUUAGCAAAACACAUAAAUGAUGCGUAUUCUGACGACAAGCCACUUGCAGAUCACUUAUUAAGUAUUUCCUCAGCAUUUUUCAUGUCGAGUUUCUUACUGUCACCAGUUACUGGUCUUAUGAUUGACUUCUGUCUUAAAAGAGCUCGCACAGGAAUUAAAAACAUGCUCACGAACGGACGUGAUUUAGCUAGUCCCGAUAAAAUUUAUUACACUCUAACACUUGGCCUAGUCCCUGGACAAGGUCUUUUGGCUCUCUCUGCUGUUGCUCUGAGUGCAAUGAUGUUUAUACCUAAUCAUAUGGCUUCUUAUGCAUCGUUUGUAUUCUUGGUUAUAUUAAGAUCACUCUUAUUUAGUUGCUUCAUUAGCUUUCUUCUAUCUGCAUUCCCAAUACGUUAUUUUGGUACAUUGAAUGGCAUCACUAGUGCGGUAUCUGGUUUAAUAAGUCUCUCGACGAAUGCCUUUCGUCUUACUAGCAGAUCUACAGAUAAUUAUGUAACCAUGGCGGUAUCGUUCGGGAUAUUUAUUGCACCUAUUAUCUUUCUAAUCAAAUCAAGACAAUAAAUCAGUCAGUGUUGUGAUUUUAUGAGAAACUUGUUUUUAUUUUUACAUUGAGAUCCAAAACUAGAGAUGAAUGCUUCAAUAUUUAAAUUUUGCAACACCUUAUAUGGUAUAAACCUUCGUUAAUUUAUUUUUUUUAAUAAUAAAAAUUUAUGUUGUUCGAUGUUGAAA